CAUAGCAUAAAGUAUACGGCAAGCACUAUUUCCGAUUGAUUAAUCAAUGGCGUCACCGUGAACGUUAUAACCCGAACGCGCUCUUUUGCAGUUAUCUUCUAUAUUUACUGCGAUUUUAAGUUAAUUUUUGGUGUAUAUAUUGUUUCUACACUGCAAGAUAAUAUUGCUGCAGAGGUUGCUAUGAUCAAGAAAUUGUACAGACUAAUACAUUAGCAAGUGUUUAUACCAAGAUGCAGACUAUCAAGUGUGUGGUGGUAGGAGAUGGUGCAGUGGGCAAGACAUGCCUACUCAUCAGUUACACUACCAACAAGUUUCCCUCGGAGUAUGUGCCCACUGUUUUUGAUAACUAUGCUGUAACUGUCAUGAUUGGAGGGGAGCCUUACACUUUAGGGCUCUUUGAUACUGCAGGACAGGAAGAUUAUGACAGGCUACGACCACUGAGUUAUCCUCAGACAGAUGUUUUCCUUGUAUGCUUCAGUGUGGUGAGCCCGAGUUCAUUUGAAAAUGUUAAGGAAAAGUGGGUACCGGAAAUAACACACCAUCAACAAAAAACACCUUUCUUAUUGGUGGGGACACAGAUUGAUCUAAGGGAUGACCCUGUUACUAUGGAAAAACUUGCUAAGAUAAAACAAAAGCCAGUCUCAUUAGAACAAGGAGAAAAACUGGCAAAAGAACUGAAAGCUGUUAAAUAUGUAGAAUGCUCUGCACUUACACAGAAAGGGCUGAAGAAUGUUUUUGAUGAGGCUAUACUGGCAGCACUGGAGCCUCCAGAACCAGUGAAGAGAAAGAAAUGUGUGGUACUGUAAUAAGCGGCGACUGCGGGGCUGCAGCGUUGCGGCGCGACCGGCGCGCGUCGCGCCGGUCGUGACCUCACGCACGUAUAAAACUAACACUGUAAUAUUCAACUUAUUUUUAUAAACUUAUAAUUAUUGAAUAUAUGCCAUAAACUAAAAAUAAUGAAUAUUACAAUACAACUUGGGUUUUAUGCUAAGACGUAUGUUAUUCAGGCCUUUACAGUUUUCCAUUUGUUUUUAUUUUUAACAUUUGUAAAGACUUUGUACCCAGUAUGUCUUGUAUACAAAUGACAAUUAUUUAUAAAUAUUACAAAGUCUGGAAUAGGUAUUACUUGUCACUAAUGCUAAUAAUAGCAUUAACGUUUGGAAGAGACUUUGUAAUUAAAUACCAUGAAAUUUAAUUGCCUUUGCAGUGUUUGCUAAAAUUAAAAGCAACCUCAUGCACAAUUUUGCUAUGCACAGUAUAAUACUAUGCAUUUCUUAUGUUAUAAUUACGACUUUAUUGAAUGUAAACUAAUGAGUUAUAAAAAUAAUCAUUUAUGCCUGUCUUUUGUGACAGCCGUCUAUAUUUGUGUGUUAUUUAUCUUAUUAAAAUGUGUUCUUAGUUUGUCCUUUAAAAUAAAGCUUUCUUUCCAUUAUUAAUAAAAUUAUUCCAGUCGAAUGUAUAAUGUGCCAGACUUAAUAAUUAAUCCGGUUAUAAACUCCUGGAGAUUACUUAUACCGUAAUAGUAUGACAUGCAUAAAUAUUUCAUCCCAAAUUACAAACAACAAAAUAUGCAUUUAAAGUAAAAGUUUAUUUUAUCAUAACAGGUCAUGAAAUGUUUUUACUGAAGCUUGUUGGACCUAACUUGAAUAAGUAUAAAAAAUGCUUUCACUUUGCUCAUAUCAUCGUUUAUUGCAAUGGUUAAUGAAAAUGAUUUCAUACUAUGUAUAACAGAUUAAUACCAGAGUAGUAUGGUAAAAUGUAUCAAUUAUUAUAAAUUUAUGAUUUAGUAGUAUUGGUUAUUAAUAACAAUGCAAUGCGAAUUUGACUGAAUGAAAUAUAUUCAUUCCAAGUAAUGUUUUUUACGUUUGAAAAUCUUUUUUUUCUGAAUAUAAUGGGGAAAACUGGAUGUAAAUCAUGAUUACUUUGAACACGGUAUAUUAAUUGAGGUAUUCAGUUUAUUUUAAAUUUACUAAUUUAUUUCUAAGUGUAUUUUUAUAUUAUUAAAUUUCUAGUGUACGGACUGGAAAGAGUAAGAAAGCCUUAAUUGGUUUGAGCUAUGACUACACACUCAUUAAGAACUAAAGAAAGGCAAUAGAAGAAGGGCCUCAUAACCAUCCCAUGGAUCCUCACAAAAUGGAGUUCAUAAAAGUUACAAUUCCAUUCCAUGGAACUUCUGGGAAUUAGCCUUCUAUAGCUUUGAUUUUAGCGUUACAUUGUUACUUUAACCAGAUAUAAUUACUUACGUCUUCUAUUUAUAUUUUAUUACUAAUCUAUAAAUAAAACUUCAGUUUGAGUUAGUUCAAUCGAUUUCGUUCGUUCGAGCUAACUUUAAUACACACAUUGCAUUUUACACGAAAGUGUUGAGCAGGUCUGAUAAUGAUGCCCUAAGUUGUUUGGAUAUCUGCCUAUAACUAGCAAUAUAUAUAAUACCUAUAUGCCACUUAUGAACCUGCAAAAAAAUGCGCUUGUCUAAAUAUGGAAUCAUUGUCAGAAACUUAUUUAGUAAUGUUAGUGCCAGUUGGAAGUCAGCGAUGAUAACUCAUAACUAUAUGUCGAAAAUAAACAUCAAACAUUAGAAAUAAUUUCAAAUUAAAGUAGUAAAGCAAUAAUAAGAUGAAGUUUUACACCGUUCAACAGUAGCUUUGCUAGCAUCGCGAUAGUACGUAAGUGAUCUAAUGUUUUGUACCUAAUCUCGCCUAAAGAUAGACGGUGUUGACCGAAGCCAUGUUAACCUAAGCCUAAGUCAGUGGUUGUGAGGUGGCUGGCGACGGUUGUGCAGUCGACGUCCUGAUCCCAGGGCUCUCGUUCGCUACUGCACUGAGGUGUUCACAUCACACUGCACUCGUUUUCACCAACAAUUACCAAUCAAACUAUUGUUUAUGUUAUGCGUCUUCUUCACCAACAAUUGCAAUCAAAUUAUUGUACUAUGUCAUAUCAAGUAUGUGUAAGAUUGGUCAAACUUUUCUAAUUCUGCACAGACUUUGAAAUGAGGAUACAUUCAUAAUAAUUUCGAUGUGUAUGGUGGUACUCCACACUCUUUCACUUAUCAUGUCGGAACAAAGUUAGAUUGGACUGACACUUGACAACUAUGACAAUAAGUAUGAUGAAAUGUUUACAUGGUGGAAGGUGUUUGUUUUAGUCAUUGAAUGUACAAAGGCGUCGCCAGCUGUUUUGCUAGGGGGUGGCAGUUCAUAUGAGGGGGGAGGGGCAUACAUAUAGUUAUUUUGUUACCUCUUGGCGGCGCCCAUGCGAAUCUAUAAUUAACAUUGCCUACUUGGCAAAUUUAUUUUCCAACAAACUGCUGUCACUACUUAAUUCCUGAUAAUGGGAGAAAGGUGGCCAUUAUUAGAAAUAAAAUAGAAGAGUUCUCACCGUUUUUUUCUAAUGGCGCUUGCUAGGCGCAAUACAAUACUGUGCGCCAAUGAAUAUUUCCUACAAUAUGUGUUAGUCUUGGGAUACGAUUAAAUCCAGAACUCGUUAUUUUAUAAACAAGACAAUAAUUGCUAUCUGUUCAUCCCCAGUUUAACUGGGGACUGUAUAGAUCUUUAUGAUUUCCAGAUUUGUAUGGAUUUGUACAUUAUAGACAACAGCUUAAAAUCUGUAUGGUUUGAUAGUCGUUAAUAAUACAUAGCAUUGUGAACGAGAGUCAAUAGUUCGACUCUCGUUCACAAUUUCAAUCCCGCCCGUGUUACAUACAAUGUCACACAUCACACUUGCGAAGAAUAAAAAAAAUGCGAAUGAAUUGUUAAUACGUUAAUAGUACAUUAGGAUACAAGUGCGAAAAAUUCUAAAUUGAAACGAGUGGCGAUAAAUUAAAACACGAGUUACGAAUUACCUAAUCGCACGUGUAUCGUAUGUUUUAUAGUACAGUCAGCAUCAAAAGUAGCAGAUCAAACGAGUUAAAAAUAUUUACCGUUGUGCAACAUCUAAACAAAAAGUGAUGGUUAUAUAAUGUAGAACACUUUAAACUGUAAAAUUUGUACUUUUGAACAAGAAUUUUAGAGAUUUAUCAAUAUCUGGAAGACUUAUCCGAAAUAUCUAAUACUUUUAGCGCGUUGUUUCAUACGCUAUUAUUGAUGGCGACUGAACAUAUGGCCCUUUAAAUUUUCGACACAGUUACGUAAUGUGCUAAUUAUCACACUAUGCGGUAAAGUAGCUCCGCGCUCCAUAUGUACUGUAAAAUUACAGAUUUCUGCCAUUUUGUUUAUUGUUUGGCUUAAAGGAUUGAAAGCAUAAUACCCAUUAGGCAUACUAUUACAUAUUGUGUAAAACCAAUUUUACGAAUAAAUAUUGUGUAGAAAUAAUAAACAUCAGUAUUAUUUUAAAGUAGAACUCAUUUAUUUUAAAUGAGUAUUUGACCUAUAAUCUUCUUGGUUCGUAAGACUUAGUAACCACAAAGAGUUAUCGUUUGUAAAAUAGAGUAUCUUAACUAAAAACACAUCCAUAACUCCCUAGGGAAAAUGGUCUAUCCUCCUAAGACCCUGAGUACAAAUUUUUGUACAUAUUCUAAAAUCUAUUUUUAACUUUUAUUAUGUAAAUAAGGGUUCCAAAUUCAAAAACAAAACCAAUUGCUUCUAGGUCUCAGGAGGCUAUAACACUGUCUAUAACUCCCUUUAAACCUGCGUGAUAUACCACGUUAUAUGAGCAAGUGUGAUGGAAAUACGUUACCUAAUGUAAUGUGUAACACAACUAAUGUAACUAUAAUAUCCUAUGUAGUGAAUAGUGGCGAAUCGGUGUAUUAUGGCGUCGACUGUGCAUUAGCAAUACAUCGCGUUUUUAUAACUUUUGUAUAACAUUAAGUUUAGAUCUAAACGCAAACCGGUAAACACAUGACUGAGAUGGUGCAAUAAAAUGUAGUUUUUUGUAAUAAUUUCCGACCAACGGGGCUGUAAGAUAAUUAUUAAUUACUUUAAUUAGGCAUGAAAACAACGUACCACUUGCCGAGGUCCCGAGACAUUUUCUGUAUAAUUUCACUGAUUAUCAUUAUUACAUAUAAUACCAAGACAAAUUUACUCAAGUAUUAUUUUUGCAUUCAUCUAUAUUACGUGGGUUUUUUUUUGAGAUAUAUCACUUUAUUAUAUUGGAUAUAUUAUAUUUUCUUGUCCGCAAGGUAGUGUUAGGUGUAUAUUGAAUUAAAUGUAUAAGUUAAAAACAA